AUGCCCGUGAAGAAUUCCCAGCCAACGCGUCAAUCUAAAAGAGUCGCCUCAAAUAUCCCUAAAUCCCCUACGAAACCAAUUCAACGCGCACACACUUCUUCCACCGCUUCCAAGAAGAGGAAGGCAAGCGAUGAUAGCGAUGAUGAGCCUUCUAAGCCAACUAAACGUCGCCAGCCAGCCAAACCCCGCUUACCCGCGAUCGAACCAGUUUCUUUGAAUCCGCUGCCAAAAUUAACUUCAACUAAUCAAAUUAAAACUCUUUUAGUCUUUGGUACUGGUGACUUUGGUCAGUUUGGUUUAGGCGUUGACACUCUCGGUGAGAUCAAGAGACCGCGUAUACAUCAAUGGACUGAGGAUGCCAUCGAUGAUAACAAUCUCGGUCCACAAGGUGUUGAACAGAUUGCUGCCGGUGGAAUGCACAAUCUCAUGAUUGACUCCGAUGGCAAGAUUUGGUCCUGGGGUGUUAAUGACGGUAUGUCCCUCGGCAGAAUCACUACUGAUACUGGCGUUGAAGCUGAAGAACUCGAGACGGUCCCGAUGAAAGUCGACGGUUUGGAUGACUUCAGGGCUGUAAGGGUCGCUGCAGGUGACUAUAUCUCCCUAGCAAUCAACGACCAAGGUCAACUACGCGCCUGGGGUUCUUUCAAUUCCAACGACGGUCUGCUCGGUUUCGACGGCAAGCCAAACGGAGCACGCAAGCAAGUUUUACCAUCAAUCCUACCCCAACUCGCCAAACAUCGCGCCGUGCAAGCUGUAUGUGGUGCAGACCAUGCCCUCGUUCUCACCACAGCCGGCAUCGUCUACGCUUGGGGCAACGGCCAGCAGCAGCAGCUCGGCAGAAGGGUAAUAGAGAGACGCAAGCUGAAUGGCCUCACUCCUGAGCCUCUUCACCUCAGAAAGAUUGUUGCUGUUGGUACAGGCUCAUACCACUCUUUCGCGACCGACCAAGACGGCGUUGUGUUCGGUUGGGGGUUGAACAAAAUGCGUCAGACGGGUGUCAGUGAUGACCGAGAUGGCUAUGAGGACUCUAUUGCUGUGCCUACGCCUAUUGAUGCCCUUCACCCAGAUCAGCACGACGGCAGCCGCGUUGUGCAGAUCAGCGGAGGCGAGCACCACACCCUUUUCCUCUUCGACAACGGCCAGGUCUGGGGAUGCGGUAGGUGCGACGGUAAGGAGCUGGGCUUGAGCAAAGACCAUCCAGCCUACCAAGCUAUCCUCGAAAACAACGAAAAGGUCGCGGAUGAUGCGCGACACGAGAAAGCUAAGAAGUUGGGAACGAAUGUGGAAGAUACUGAGGCGCCUCGUACUAUUGCAGAUGAGUACGUAGACCAGCCUGUCAGAAUACAGUUUCCUCCCCCACCUACACCAGACGAGCCAAAACCUGGAAAUACACCUUGGGAAGACGGUCCAUCGAAGACCAAGAUAAAGCAGAUUAGCGCAGGGCUUAGACACAACCUUGCUGUUAGCGAUCAAGGUCACGUGUAUAGUUGGGGAUACGGUAAUGCAUGCCAGCUCGGCCACGGUGCGGCGGAGAGCAUCGAGGAACCUACACGGAUUGAUAAUACUGCUCUCACUAAAGUCGACGCUCUGCUCGUUAGCGCCGGCGGACAGCACUGCGCUAUCUUGGCGGAGAAGAAGGGCGACGAGAACAAGGUGGUUGAUGGAAAGAGCAAGGUGGAUGGCAAAGACGAGGAGGAUAAGGAGGAAGAGGAAGAAGAUGAGAACAAAGAGGACAAGGAAGAUGGCAAGGAGGAUGACCAGGAUGAUGACAAGGAUGAGAAGUAA